AUGUUGAAAACUACUCUAACACUAGCCAUUGUAGCCACAGCAGUUCUUGCUGACUCAAAUGUGUUCACUUUGGAAUUCGAGAGGGAGAAUGAAGGCCCAACAAUCAAUCUUCCAGAUAGUUUCACUAUGGAGACUGCUCUUUACAUCGAGUCUGAGAACGGCUCAUGGACAGACCCCAAGACUCACGUGGUCUGGUACUGCGAUGGAGAAGGUGACAGAUUCAAAGUUGAGCACAAGCACCCAGAGACAGGUAAAGUUCUUCAAACAAUCUUCACUGACUUCAAAAAGAAAGUUGAACUAACCCACAUCGCUGAAUCCAACAAAUGCACAAAGAAGGAGACCACAGGAUUGAAUCUCAAGAGGUUCCUUAAGCAAAUUUUCCACAAGGACAGCCCAAUGUUCGAGUACGUUGGAUUCGUUAUCCCUGAAUUCGAUAAGUUGGACAAAUAUCACGCCUUCGUGACUAAGGAAGAAGGUGUCCCAGUUCACCAAAGAGCAACUCAAUUCUACUUCGACUCAACUGGCGUCUCCAACUGGGUUAAGUUCUACAAACCAGAGAACCAAUCUGAGCUCCACAACAUUAUGGCAGUCAAAGAACACAAAUUCCAAGAUUCAUGCUUUGCAAUGGAUAACUGCCAUGAGAAUAUCGCUCAAUCAUAUAUUGAGGAGUACCUUAAGAGCCCUGAACAAUACAAGGCUUACUUUUGA